AUGAAAAAGCAAAUCUCAGUUGUCAAAAGAUACAAAGUGACAAUUUACAAGAGACCACAUGCUGUUGUGAGAGAACCAGCACCUGGACAAGGGAACUUUGAAGAAACUUCCUCUGCUAAUGCAAGAUCAUCAAUUGUCCAGCUACUUAUAAUCUUAGAAAGUGGCCAGGGGCUCUUCCUCCUCCACCUCCUCCUCCUCCUCCUUUUUCUUCUCCUCCUCUUCCUCACCAUCAUCACCAUCAUCUUCCUCCUCCUCCUCCUUCUGCUGCUGCUUCUCCCCGCCGCCCUGUUCCCUUGGAGCAGACCAUCCUGGUGCCUCUUUUGUGAAGUGGUGGCUGAAGAGACCGCCGGACUCGCCAUGGCCAAUGAAAAGCCGAAGGAAGGAGUCAAGACUGAAAACAACGACCACAUUAAUUUGAAGGUGGCCAGGCAAGAUGGUUCAGUGGUGCAAUUUAAGAUUAAGAGGCACACACCACUUAGUAAACUAGUGAAAGCCUAUUGUGAACGACAGGGUUUGUCAAUGAGGCAGAUCAGAUUCCGAUUUUUUGGGCAACCAAUCAAUGAAAUAGACACACCUGCACAGUUGGAAAUGGAGGAUGAAGAUACAAUUGAUGUAUUCCAGCCCCAGACAGGAGGCGCUUACUAA